AAAAAACAAAAUAGCUUAUAAAAAAAAGAGGGCACUGCAAUUGUGUAAUUACUCACUUUAAUUUGGUAGAGAGCUUGAGCCCAAGUGUCGAGCUACUCGGAAUUCGGGUAGAGAUGGCUGCGCCGGCGAUUGCUACGGUGGCUGGCACCAAAAUCUUUUCUUAAAGUUGAAACCCUUACUUUGUCAGUUCUCAGUUUUGUUUGGGCAAGUGGGCUUGGGCUUUGCCCUGCUUUAGGCUUAGCAGCUGCAGCUGGAUUCUUCUUCGCCGGGGCAGUAGCAGAAACAGGCUUAGAAGCUGCAGAUCGAACCGAUGGAAGCUUGUAGGAGCUCUUAGCUUACCAGAAGCAACAAACUUCUUCAAUUGGUUAAGCAACAGUUUGUUGAAAUUUGGUGAAAGAUUUAUCUGUUUAUCUUCAAUGAACUUCGUAGCAGAAAGCUUGAAAAGAAGGCUAUUUCUAUCUCUUCUCCUUCACCAUUCGGUUUUUCUGUAGAGAAAGGAAAAAUGCAAAAGAAUGAUGAAAAGAACGUAUAGAAAUGUAGUGAACUGGCUUAGCCUAACCUCUCAAUUCCCUCCCUUGAAAUCAUCCAUUGAAUCACUCUGUAAUGCCAAAAGGCUUACGGAAGCUCUAAGGCUUGCUUUUGACAACCCCAUUGAAGCAGAUUAUACUAUUUACUCAAAUAUAAUUCAGCUUUGCAUUGACCUAAAGGCUCAUAAGCAGGGUCGUUUGGUUCACUCCCAUCUUAUAACUACUGGGUUUCCUUCAAAUGUUCAUUUGGGGACCAAGUUGAUCAUUUUCUACACAAUGUCUGGUGACAUGGUGUCCGCCCGCAAGAUGUUUGAUAAAUUGCCUGAAAGGAAUGUGGUUUCAUGGACUGCGCUUUUAUCUGGGUACUCUCAGAAUGGGGAUUCACAAGAAGCCCUUAAUGUGUUUGUUGCUAUGCGUAGGGAAGGGGUGAGUGCAAAUCAGUUUACUUAUGGAAGCGUUUUGAGGGCAUGCACUAGUGUGUCAUGUAUAAAUUUAGGAAAACAAAUACAAGGGUGCAUUCAGAAGAGCAGGUUUGUGGAUAAUUUAUAUGUACAGAGUGCGUUGGUUGAUUUUAAUUCUAAGUGCGGAGACAUGGAGGAUGCAUUUUGUGUUUUUGAGUCAAUGGCAGAGAGGGAUUUGGUUUCUUGGAAUGUCAUGAUUUCUGGAUAUGCUUUUCGAGGUUAUAACAUUGAUGCAUUUCUGCUGUUCCGUUGGAUGUUCAGACAAGGUAUACUCCCCGAUUGCUUCACAUUGGGAAGUGUUCUCAAAGCAUCUGUAGGAGGUGGCAAGUGUGGUGGACUAGCAAACAUCAGUAUGAUACAUGGAUGUAUCAUUCGAUUUGGUUAUGGGUCGUAUAGUAUUAUUAGUGGAGCAUUAGUUGAUGCCUAUGUGAAAUGUGGAAACCUGGCCAAUGCAAGUUAUAUAUAUAAGAAGAUGCAGAACAAAGACAGGAUUUCCUGCACUGCGCUAAUUACUGGAUACGCACGUGAAGGUAAAAAUAUAAAUGAGUGCCUAGAAAUCUUUUGUCAAUUACAUCGGAAUCAUAGGGAAAUCGAUAGCAUAAUUUUAUGCUCUAUGAUCAACAUAUGUGCCAAUACAGCGUCACUGUCUUUGGGGAGACAACUGCAUGCUAUUGUGAUCAAAUAUCAAAGCACUCUUGAUGUGGCGAUGAGUAAUGUUUUGGUUGAUAUGUAUGCAAAAACAGGAGAAAUUGAAGAUGCCAACAAUGUUUUUCAGCACAUGACGGAGAGAAAUGUAAUAUCAUGGACGUCAAUGAUCUCUGCAUAUGGUGUGCAUGGUCGAGGAGUCGAUGCAGUUUCAUAUUUUAAGAAGAUGGAGUGUGAAGGCUUUGAGCCAAAUGAUAUAACAUUCUUGUCUCUCCUGUUUGCCUGUAGCCAUAAUGGGUUGACUGCUGAAGGAUGGGAAUGUUUCAGUGAGAUGGUUAGAAAAUAUAAAUUUGUUCCAAGAGAUGAGCAUUACUCUUGCCUAGUGGACAUUUUCGCACGCAACGGCUGUUUGAAUGAAUCAUAUGAUUUGAUUUGCAGGAUGAAUAUAAAACCUAGUGCCUCUCUUUGGGGUUCAGUUCUUGGGGCAUGUAGCAUAUAUGGCAAUAUGGACCUUGGGAAGGUAGCAGCCAGGCAUUUGUGCAAUAUCGAACCUACAAAUGCAGUUGGCUAUGUGGUUCUAGCAAGUAUGUAUUCUGCAGCUGGCUUAUGGGAUAGCGCUUGGAAGGAACGAGAUGUGGUUCAAACUAGAAGGUUACCAAAAGAUCCUGGUUACAGCCUUUUUCAUUCUGGCAAUGAUAUGGUAGCACUUCUACCUACUGGCUGAUACAUGAAAAUGAUCCAGAUCUUCCUUGUAAUGUUUCAUACUACCUGGAUUUGUCGAAAGUAAGUUUUGGUAAUGAUAGUUUCAGCGUGCAGAUGAUGCAAUAAAGCUACGAAUAGGUGAAAGCGGAUUUGACAGAGGGAUCAGCUAAACUAGCCGAUGCCAUUGGUGAUGAUUCUGAUGUAGUAAUAUGUACUACAGUUUUCCAUCCUUCGUACAAAUUGUUGGCACCUUGAAAGAGAAGCUAUUAUCGUAUCAAAGCUGGAGAAAGUGGCUUCAAACGAGGGAUUUUAAAAUUGUAGAAAAAAGAUGUAACCAUGACAAUCCAGAGUAUAAAGAAAGGAGAAAAGGGCAGCUAGCAAUUGAUUCAGAGAUUUUUUGAGAUUAUACCUUUUCAUGUGAUGGCAAUGGAAGUGACAAAAAAAAUAAUCAGGGGACACACUAUAAACUUGAGAAAAGCUUUCUUUAUUUCUAAAUUUUGUGUCAUCACAUAGUGCCAUAUAAAUUGGAACAGAGGGAAUAAUUAUUAAUGUGCUUAGAACAUAGCUAAGAAAGAUCAAAGAUUAAUCAUGGUACUUGUUCAAAGUAUAUAAACAGAUGUACAAUUAUCAGUUAA